AUGGCUCGUUUCUUGCGGCUUCGCGAAGCGACGCACCACACGAAGUCAGGAAAUUUUCGUUCUUUACUCUUUCGUACUGCUGCAGCCGGCAGUGAGGAUUCCAUUGAUUUCAACGAUGGAGCCAAAUUGUUUGCACGUCGCACAGAUGCGGAGAUUGCACGUGCUGUGCUUGUCUUGCAACUUUGCUCUGUUGACUCGUUGGUUGAUCGCAGUUUGCAGUUGAUGACGUUGGGUGAAAAGUUGCUACCAAGAAAUUUGUUUGAGUUUCUUAUGGAGAAGACAUUUUAUGGCCAAUUUAUGCCUGGUGCUACACACGAUGAAGUUAUUAUGCUUGCUCAACGAUUGGCAUCUAGUGAUAUUCGGUUUAUAGCCACUCCUUCAAUUGAGGAUGAAUUGGAAGAGAAUGAAAGUCAUAGUGGCAAUAACAGUAACUUUGAACAACUGCUUGACUUCAAUGCAGAGCAAGUGAUGGGCUCUAUUGAUCUAGCAGGGAUACAAAAACUGAAACUUGUUACUGAAGACUACCAGCAAACAGCAAAGGUGGCAUUUAAGCUGACAGCAAUUUUCCGGCCAAUCCUUUUAAAGCUGCUGUCUUCAGGAUUAAUGUCUGGUGGAAGUUUUCCUGUGGAAUCGCCAUUGACGCUUCAUGAACAUAUGGAAGAGAUAGCAGACAAGAGUGGCUCCUUGGACGAAUAUAAUAAAGGAAUGAAAAGAUUUACAUCUCUGACAGAAAGGCUGCAUUCAGGGAAUCUAUCGAUCUUAAUUUCUGGAGAGUAUUCGUAUAUGCAGCCGGCUAUCAGGAGCUUGACAUUGUAUAUGCAGUCACUGUACAACAGGCAGUGCCCGGCUAUUUUGAACACUCAGCAGACAUAUCUGAAGUCUGCGGAAGAAGACAACAAAAUCAAUUUGGCUAUUGCUGACAAAUGUGGAUUUGUGUAUGGUGUUAAGGUUGUAAGAGGUGCCUAUAUGGAUAAAGAACGUGCUUUGGCUAAACUAUAUGGCUACCAUGAUCCUAUUCAUUCAACGUAUGAGGACACAAACAGUUGUUAUAACAGGACAUUGGAUGUCAUCUUACAACGUACAGCAGCCAAUGGAAUAGCAGUUAUGGCUGCAACAAACAAUGAAGCUUCUGUGAAAUUUGGAGUGAAAAGAAUGAGUGAGCUGGGCAUCAGUCGGCAAAGUGGUCAAGCUUCGUUCGCUCAGUUGCAUGGGAUGUGUGACCACGUGACUUUUGCACUUGGUCAAAAUGGAUAUCUUGUGUACAAGUGCAGUCCCUAUGGAGACAUAAGCAGUACUAUGAGAUAUCUCAGUCGACGAGCACAGGAAAACAGAACGGCACUGAAGGGAUUGCGGAGAGAAAAGCAACUUCUCUAUCAGGAAUGGAAACGAAGGCAAAAGGAGAGAAGUAUCUAGACUUUUAGUACUGUGUUCGUAUGUUUUGUUAAUUAAACUUUGAUGAAAUCUUUACGCUUUGGAUUUCUUACAUCGAACUCUACCUUGAGUUAGGUGCAAGAGAAAUAUACA